GAUGUUGUUAGUCUGUUUGUGGGGGAACUCGUGUACGAAAGCAUGGAAGGCUGCAGGGUUGUGAAAGGUGGCGAAGUGAAUGGACAAAAACAGCAGAAAACUAUUUCUAAGGAAUUACUGUCUGUUGGAAAUGGAGGAGGCAUUCACGACAGACUGCUCCUAAACUCGACGCGCUCCAGUAAAAACGGGGCUUCGCCGCAGACUGUGAAGGUCCCAAGGAGCAGUGUAUUAGACAGACUGCAGAGUUUUCUACCACAGAUGGCCCAGGCCAAUGAGAAACUGAAACUACAGAUGGAGGAAUCUCCAGCUGGCCAGUUCGACAUUGAGAACAUCGAAGGCAAUUCUGAGAAAAUCAUUGAGAUGGAUGUGGCGUUAGUGGAACUAGAUGAUUCUGACGAUAGUGAAAUAGAAGAAUCUGAAUCGGAGGGCGAAAGCUCUCAGUCUGAGGAAGACGAGGAGUAUGGGGGCAGUGAUAUGAGGAAAGACCAGCUCAAACUACCUGGGAGUCGGGUUAAGAGGACAGGAAAGAUUGAAGUGCUGGAGAGCAUGAAUGGUUAGCCCAUGUGGAAAAACAGGUAUUUGUUGAACCUCAUUUGUGAAAGACUUGAAAGGGACCCAGGAUCACAAAGUCAACCUGCAGGGUUGCUGUUACGUAACAUUUUUUUUUUUUUUUUUUUUUAAUUUACCCAAGAAAAACUAAAAUACUUUAGGUCUGACUUAAAAUAGUCAGUUAGUUCCAAGGACUGGUCAGAAUAUGUUUUUUGCCAGGUGUGUCCAUGGGCCUUCAUAAAGCUGUAAUUUGUUGUAUUUUGUUGGAUAUUUGCACAACUUGACAAAUUCAAAAUCUGUAAAAGUAGGCCAGGUAGUGAUAAUUUUUUACCCAAGCCAGCUAUGAGGACUGAUGGCCUCCUCUCAUUCAUAAUUCUUUUAAGGGUGGACCUCUCUGCUGGUAUCCCUAAAGCGGUUCUAGGUCUUAAUUAAAAGUCAAGUGACUGGUUAGUUGGGAUAGAUCUGGGAUAUUUAUCGCAUGUGGGCAGUGUUUAAUAAACAGCUGGAGAUUUAAAGCCCCAGUUUCCCAAGCAGAGGCUAUACCAAGCAUCUCCACAUGUGGCUCAGUUUUUGGAUUUCCCUAGUGCAUUUUCAGUCCAUGGCAUCUUUGUGUGCCUGUUGGCAAUGUGCUUUGUGGGGCCAGUUGUAAUAUUGAUUUUGUGAUGUGAAAGGGUCUGGGAAACAGUGAUUUUACCUUUUGAUCAAUGCAAACUUGAGUUUAUAUCUGUAUCCCAUAGCAUUAGCUACCCAUUUAUUUAGUUAGCCUACCUUGACUGAAACAAAAAGGUUUUAUAAAGAUCAUGAUGUAGAUGGAUAUCUGUUUUAUAUACUGUAUAUACUAUUUUGAGAUUGAUACAAUAAUGCAUCUAUUAAAAGUUAAAAUGUAUGUCAAUUCUGAUUUUGCGUUUCUAAAAGUAAGAGGAAGGUAUUGAUUUUAUACGUUGUGUUUCAGCUGGCUACAAUGUCCAAACAUUAUAAUAACACUUUUCUAAUACCGUUUGUUUUUCCUAUUUACACCAACACCAAUACAAAAUGUAAGAAGCAGUGUUGAGAUUUGUUUUUGUGAACAGUAUUAUUAAAACAUUUGCCAAGUUCCAAA